AUGGCUUUAAUCAUGACUCAUAUCAAUGCUAUUAGCCAGGAGGAAGAAGAAGUAAACUUCAUCGAGGAGGAAGAAGUUCCUGCAUUGGACUCCGAAUCCAUUUCAACCGACCUCCCUCCAGCUGAUAGCGAACCUUCUUCUUUCCGAGGAUUGGGCCGGUUCCUCCUUGUCAAGAACAAGCAGAAGCCCCUCAAAUGCAACAAGAACCCACUAAUUUGCCGGUCUAAGGGCAGUGCAGGGCCCUUCUGUUGCAAGAAGAAAUGCGUCGAUGUGAGGACGGACCGCCUCAACUGCGGCCUCUGUGGAAAGAAGUGCAAGUACAAUGAAACAUGUUGUAAGGGCAAAUGCGUCAACCUAUCAUUCCACAAGAGGCAUUGCGGACGUUGCAACAACAGCUGUGGAAAUGGCAAUUUCUGUUCAUAUGGCUUGUGCAAUUAUGCUUAGAAACAUUAACCUUAAGUCGUCCACUAAUUUUAAAAUAUUUAUAUUCUUUUCAUU